AUAUGCACCGGUUCCGUAGUCUUCACUAGGCAGACCAAAUCUAGGGAAGAUAGUCACCACUUCCGGUCAUCCGGUAUUGGCCGGCUGGAACCCUCUUGGUUUCUCCGACUGCAAGGAGAAAAUCGUCAAUGUGACUCCUUUGUCCAUCCCAUCCAUAUUAUUAUUCGCCAAUGCAUGCGCUUAUCGGCACAUUUGGUCCAUAGAAGGCAUAAAGUGAACAUUGCGACUCUCGCGAUUGUCACUGUUUGGUAAAUAUAGCUCUGAAGAGGACUAUAAAGCCAGGACGUGUGGGGACAUCGACCUGUCAAUUAGUCUCUUGGAUCGUGAUAUCAGCAUGCCUGCAACAACAUCAGUCUCGCUCAACACUGGAGCUGUCAUGCCUACUGUUGGUCUUGGCACAUGGAAGUCAAAGCCCGGCCAAGUCGAACAUGCUGUUGAAUUUGCAUUGAAGAACGGAUACAAGCACAUUGACACUGCCGCUGGGUACCAGAACGAAACAGAAGUCGGUCAGGGGAUCAAGGCGUCCGGUCUGCCAAGGGAGCAAAUCUUCCUGACCACGAAGCUUGAUAACCCCGAUCAGAGGCAUCCGGCAAAAGCUCUUGAGGCAUCGCUCGAGAAACUUGACACUCCUUAUCUAGACCUCUGGCUCAUGCACUGGCCAGCUCCGAUGACGAGAGAUGGCAAACCCGACAGGGAACAUGACUGGCUGGACACCUGGAAAACUAUGGAAGACCUAUACCUUGCUCACCCAGAGAAACUGAAGGCCAUUGGUGUUUCGAAUUUCUCCGUGGAGUACUUUGAACGCUUGCUGAAAGUUGCUCGCGUCGUACCGGCCGUGAACCAGAUUGAGCUCCACCCUUCGUGUCCUCAGGAUGACGUUGUCGCGUACUGCCAGAACAAGGGAAUCGUCUUGACAGCUUAUUCCCCGUUGGGAUCCGACAACUCCCCCUUGUUGAAAAACGAGAUCGUUACAAAAAUCGCAGCGAAGUACGGCGUGCAACCCGCCAAUGUGUUAGUCUCCUUUCAUGCAAACAAGCCAAUGCACACUGUACUUCCAAAGUCCGUGACCAACGAGCGUAUCUUGAACAAUGCGAAAAUCAUAGAUUUGACCCCUGAAGAAAUUAGCGAGCUUCAUGGCAUUGACAAAACGAACCAUUUCCGUGCUUGUCACCCUGCUUGGACUGGUUUCGGUGGUCUUGGAUUCCCUGAUUGCAAGUAGAUCAGUGGUUAGUCAAAUUAUAGACGUAGGAACAGAUUCAACUUGUUUACUGUCAUCAGACUUACAGCCGCCUUACCUUUGAACAGCGGGGAAUAGCACGUAGAGACGAGUAGCUAAACAGUGGAUGCAACUCGAUGUCAUGUCUUAGCACCAUUGCUGCCGUGAUGUCAUGCGCGUCUGUCACCCAUGGUCGAAAAAGAUUUGUCACAAUAACCUAAUCAGGUAAUAUCAGAUUUUUGAAGUUUUGGUAA